CGAAUUAAGCUAAUAAUGUGGACUCUGGGCCAAGUGUUUGCAUUGCAGUUUCUGCUGAUGUGCUCAGUUUACGUCAUCUACUUUCAAUCAAACGUCGUUACGCAUUUGGAGCCGCAACCAACGUUGAUGAAACAUGCACCAGCAGAUCGUCUGGUUAUUUUUAUUACCGAUGGACUGAGUGCAAAGUCAUUCUUCGAAGAUCGUUGCAUCAAUGUGCAGGAGCUGAGCAAGAUUUUUAUGCAUCAGGGUCAAGUGGGUAUAAUUCGAACUCUGGGAUCCACCAAUUGCAGGUCGGCACAAGUUGCUCUAUUCUCUGGAUUCUAUGAGAGUCCGUUUUCUGCUUUCGAUUACUGGUCAUCGAAGGCUGUCACGUGCGACACGCUUUUCAAUCGGAGUUCCCUUAGUUAUGCAUGGGGAUCGGCCAAGUUCUUAAAGCACCUUGCGGUCGUCAACAAAAUUAGUGUGCCUUACGAUGUCAUGUCCAUUGCCUCAAAGGAUUCAUACAAAUUGGACGAGUGGACGUUUGAUGAUAUUGACAGGUUUCUGGACAGCGAAUCGAAACAACUGCAGAAUAUUAGGGGACUGGUGAUAGUCGUGCAUCUAGUGGGAUUACUUUUCGCAAAUGGAAUGGACAUGUAUCGGAAGAAUAUCAACUACACGCAGCGUGGCAUUUGGAAGACUUACAAUCGCUUUGAGCAGACAUUUUCCGAUCAACGCACAUCCUAUCUUCUAAUCUCUGAUCAUGGCAUGACGAGCAUGGGUCUCUUUGGAGGAAAAACUAAGGAGGAGAUUGAAACUCCAUUCUUUCUGUGGGGCGCCGGUGUCUCCAACACAAAAUCUAGUCCAGGUCGCACAUUUGUGGCCAACAAAGAAAUGAAACGCCUGCCGCUGAGCAUCAUGGAGCAGAUACAGCUGACACCGUUGAUGAGCACAUUGGUGGGACUGCCGCCGCCUGUCAACAAUCGCGGCCAGAUGCCAUCGGGCGUAUUAAAUGCCAGUGACCGCUAUGAAUCCCAUGCCGUAUUUACCAACGCGCUUCAGCUAGUGGAUCUGGCAAAGCACCGGCUGCAGCAUCAUGAGCGUGGACUGCUAGCCAGCUGUAUGCCCAGCCAUUGGAUGAAUUUACAGCAGCUGGACAAGUUCGUGUAUAGUGGCAAUCUGCUGUGGCAUCAGAGGCGCUUCCUAACGCUGAAUGAGUACAGCAGUAACAUGAUGCCCGUGCUGAUGCAGUGCAUCGAGUACUAUGAAAGCUAUUACCGCAGAGGAUUGCUGGUGGCCAUCACCUUUGGCUUCCUUGGCUGGCAGCAUCAUUUACGCUGCCAGCUGGCAUCACCUCUGCAGGCAUCCAAUACGCGCAGUCCACAGCUAUUGCUGGCCAGGAUGCUAGUGCAUGUAACAAUUCUAUUGAUGAUUAUCUUUCUGCUGCUUCAGCGAGUUCCCUGGGUAAUCAGUGGCUUCCUGUUGCUGCCCGGCUUCAUUUGGAGGUUGGCGCUAAAUGCGCACGAGAGGAGUGAGAAAUUGUCGUCAUGUGUGCCCCUGUUGGUGUCAUUAUGCUGCCUCACAGGCUUUAUUGAUAGACGCCUCAUGGGCCUAUGUUACUUGGUAUUCGCCUUCUACCAGAAUCGAGAGGUCAUCAUGCAACGAUCACUGGAGUCGUAUAUAUGGAUGAUUGUGGUCUGCGCAUUGGCGUCUCUCAGUUGCCUGCCACCGACUCUGGGAUUCCAUCAUCGGGGUUCGUUCAUUGUCAGCAUAAUAUUAACCUUCCUUCAGCCAAUCGCUUUCCUUGGCCCAUCGCUUUCCCGUUCGCACAGAAGGAAUCUAAUUUGUAAUGGACUCGUUAUGCUGCUGGCCUGCAUCCAUGUCUGGUUCAGUGCGCGUCCUCGACUUUUACAUUUGAUGGCCAGGGCGUAUUUGUGCUAUGUGUUUUAUCCACGAUUUAGACAACAGGGCAUUGAGCUCACCAUCUAUAACUUGAGUACGUUAUACACUCUGCUCUGCACAUCCUACGAGGCUGUGGUCAUCCAGGUGUUGACCCUGGAGCUGCAACUGGCGCUGCGAUUGAAGAACAACAAACAAACUGGGAACCAAACAUUGGCUAUGUACAUAUUAAUGUACAGCUUCUAUUCAUUUUUUAUCAUUGGCAACGUUGCAGAUAUUGACCAAUUUCGCAGACUCAUGUCAUAUUCUGGAUUUGGAUUAUAUUCAGCUUUAAUGAAUGCGUUAGUUAUUGCACUCAAGUUGUGUGUUCCGAUGCUUCUGUUGCUUUGCGUCAUUUGCUCCAAAUGUGAGACGGAUUCAACGAAUCGGCGCGAUAUAUUCCACAAGUUGCUGGCCAUGUGCAACGGCAUCGCCGUCAUCUGCCUUUUCCGGGUGCGCAAUACAUUUUGCGAAAUUGCUGUUACACUUUUUCCCUUUAUCUUAGUGCAAUUAUUACCAUUUACAUUGCUGGUACUGAUAAAUUUGGCCAACUUGUUGGUGGGCGACGUUAAACAGCAAUUGUUGGAGAUUCCUAAGUGGAAUGUGCACAAGUGUUGACUUUUAUAACAAAUAAACUUCACUUGUUUCUAAAA